AUGGGGAACUCCAGCUCAAGCGGGUUUCAGGAUGGCGUUAUGUCCAAGAAGGACCUUGAGCGCAUGCAGAGAAGAUUCUCUCGUCUGGCAAAUGGGAGUGGCAAGGUCUCCAUCGCUGACCUUGAGCAAAAUGCAGACCUAUCUGGCAACGUCUUCAUUCCUUGCAUCUUCGGCAUGUACGCUGACAGCAAAGGAUUCCUGAGCCAGAAGGACUUCACAUCCGCAAUUGAGAGGCUAGGCCAGCUGUACACAGGGCAGGACAGAGCAGAAUUUGCCUUCCAAUUGUAUGACAAGGAUGGCGAUGGCUUUGUGAGUCCUGAGGAGCUGCUCGCUGUGCUGCGAAUGAUCAUGGGACGUGGGCUGUCAGAAAAGGCACUCGAACAGAUUGUAGCAGCAACAGUGGCCGAGCAUGACAAGGACGGGGAUGGGCUUCUUUCGCAAUCAGAGUUCAAGAGUUUACUGGCGGCAAGCUCUGAGGCGCAGGCAUCAAUCAGCAUUGGAUGA